AUGCCUGAAGAUAUAGACAACUCGCUGCUGGAACGUCUGCAGGCGCUGCGGGGUUCAAGCUCUGGCGCAUCGCCAGGCCGAGCAGCCCCCAUAAAUGUAGACGUGAUUGAGAGAUCAAAACCAGCCACCCGGGAAGAUACCCUCGCUGCUCGGCUAAAGUCGUUGCGAGAUCGGGAUUAUGGCUCACCAAAGACCGAAAAGGUUAUCCCUGCGUCUUCCCCUGCGUCAUCAGGAUCACAUCCAGCUAAAGCUCAAGAUGCUGCAUCUACUGAAAAAUCAACAGGGCUGGGGGAUGGGGAUGAUGUGGAUCUGAUGUUCUCGACAGAUGACCAGACGCUGGAGGAGCUGCUCGGAGAUGUUAGCCCUGAUGAGAACCCCGUGCAAGAGCCAAGCGAUGAGCAGGUCAAAGCACUCUUGGAAGAACUGUCACUAUCUGUGCCGAAAGACAAUGCGGAUGAAGAUGAAAACGAGAACAAGGCCGGUGACUCAGACGAUUCAGAUGGCGAGCAGAUGCAGAAGAAAGUAAACGACAUCCUCGCCCAGUUCAAAGAUGAAGCAGAACUAGAGGCCGCUCUCGGGAAUCCCGACGAUGAAGCCGACUCUGCAAAACAGGAUCAGGACGAAGACCAGGAUGGAGACGCAGAUCUCGCCCUCCCUUCACUCCCAUCUAAUCUCGAUGAUCUCUCAACUUUCUCUUCUCACCGGUCCGGCACCACAGCCGACAUGGACGACAUCACUGCCCGCAUGGCUGCUCUUAAAGCUCCCGCUGCGGAAGACGCCUUCUCGCUUCCUUCUGUUCCUAGUUCGAAGCCAUCUGCAGGCGAUAAGCCUAUCAAACGACUUACUAGCAAGACGGAUUACACGGAUGACGACAUCGACAGCUGGUGUACCGUCUGUCUUAAUGAUGCUACGCUACGAUGUUUAGGAUGCGAUGACGAUCCUUAUUGCACGCGAUGCUGGAGGGAGAUGCACAUUGGACCGGCGGCUGCGUUUGACGACAGAAGCCAUAAAGCUGUCCAGUUCACUAGAGCAAAGAAGAAGGACAAACAACGAGUAGCGCUAGGAGCUUAA